UAGUAAACAAACUUUUGGUAAACAAAACAUCCAACAAUAUUUAGUUCAUAUACUACAAUUAUGUCAAUAUAUUUGAUUUGUUUAACCACAAAUGGAGGCCUACCAAUUUUAACGCGUAAAAAAGGGAAUUGCGAAAACUUACCAUUUUCUACGAUUGCUUCUUUGAAUGGAUUGCAUAUGUUCUUCAAAUCUUUGGGUGUUUCAUUAUACACUACAUAUGCUAGUAACUGGACAUAUGUGUGGCACGAUUUUUUCAAUACGAUUACAGUGAUUGUUUGUUCCUGUGGAGUCAGUAAUUAUACGACUGAACGUUUACCAGAUCUUAUUUUUGGAGCAUUUUCUUUAUUUAUAAGUAGAGAUGAGAUGUCACACCCUUCCCUUAUAGAACGACUAAAGAAGGAAUCUAAAAAUUAUCUGCGUCUUAUUGAUGCUAUUUUGGAGUUAUACGUACAUCAGCUUUUGGGAUUUUCUAGUUGCUUACUCUCCACGGAAAACGCUCAAAUGUUACAAUGUUUAAAUGACGAAUUCAGCACCCAAUGUGGAUCAUUGUUUUGUUGUCUAGUUGUGGGGCAUAAAAUAGCUGUAGCUACAGAAGGAUGGUGGGAUUUAGAUAUAGUCGACAGACAGCUGUUGCUCCUAUUUUUACAAACCUCAAGUUCUUUACAAAAUGAUGUUGUAGUUUAUUUGCCGAAAAAGAGCCCAAACGUUGCAUACCGUUUCAUCACACUAUCUGUGUCAGCAAACAGUGUUUUAUGUGUAAUUUGUGGUGCUGAGCCCUCAUUACGAAGCUUACAUGAUAUUGCAGAAAAUACUUUUCGUGGUGAAUCAAACAUGCUACACAACAUGGAACGAUCAAUACCGGGAGGUUUACCAGAACAUAUUGAACUGGAUUCAGGCAUUGUAGCCAUAAUAGUUGCCAAUAGUAUUACACGCAAAUAUGUAUUCUCAUCAAAUAUACAUCACAGUGCAUCUACAACACGAUAUCUCGGAGACUUCCACAAUAUGGAUGUAUUGAGAAUAUUUUUUGAUGAUUCCUUUUCAAAUGCCCAGUUUUUUAAAAGCAAAUUAACAACAAGUCAUGUUUGCGAAGUAAGCAGUCAAUUUUGGUCAUUGGACACUCACAAGUGUAUGUCUCAGUUUGAUUCUAACGAUAAUAUAAUUUGUUUAUUAUUCAUUUCAUCUAUACCAAUGCACACAAUGAAGUAUAUUGGAAAGCAUGUAUUUAACCAAAUAAUACAAGAAAAAAGUCUUUGUUGGUAGUGGACUUUUGUCACCGACAUUCCAUUUGAUAUUCUUUAUAAUUUAAGAAAAGAAUAAAACACUUAAAAAAUAUAUUUUUUUAAUAAAUAUCAAUUAUACAGUUA